AUGGCCCGGCAGACAUCCCAAAAUGAAUCGGUGUGGCUAGUUUGCUAUUCUCCAGAAAAAAGAAUGAUGUUACAACAGUCACAAGAAAAGCAAUUUCCUGUAAAGAUAAAAAGUGCCCGAAUAUCUCCAAACAAAAGGUUCUCUGCCACAGAUGAAUACACAAUUUCAAAGAAAGCAAAGAUCAUGCAAAAAAGUCUUGAAUUUUCAUAUAACAAUGAUCCUAGUAAUAGAUAUGCAUCAGUUGAAGAUGCUCUCAAAGCAGACUUGUAUCAAACUGUAGAUGUCAAAGUUAAAGUGUUGCACAAGUCUCCACUAAAGGACACCCUAUUUCAAGGAAAUUGCACAAAAUGCAAGACAGAUGUCAUUGUUGCAGACCAUACCAACUCUGCCAAAUUGGUUCUCUGGGAGGAUGUUAUUGAUAAAGUUGAUUCUGGCAAGAGUUACCGAUUUAAUAACUGUAAAAUUUGCAUCUUUGAUGACCACAAAUACACAAACACGAACAAAUUUACAAAGAUCACAGAAAUCGAAGACAUUUGA